AUGGCUAGAAUAGGAGAACCCCUUCAUGCAGCGGCUUUAUCGUCUUUAAGAUCAGAGGUAGCGGAAUUGAAUACACGAUUACUCGCAGCGACACGUGCUAAAGAGGCUGCAAGCGCCGCAUUGAUUAGAGCUGAAGCCCAAGCUUUGCGAGCUGAACAACGCGCUGAACAACAGGCAAUUCGGCAUGAAGAAAGGCUCACUGAACUGCAUUCAGUUAUUGCUGAACUUAGUAGGCAACUUGAAAGACAUCGAGCUAAUGUUAUCACAGAAGAAGAUGAAUCUGAAAUAGAAACUAGCAGAGAUGCAGAAGGUUCAAUAACAAAUCCAGUGGAAGAAAGCGAAGGCGGAGAAGACACUCAGGGUGAUGGCGAUAAUGAUGGUGAUCGUACCCUCGGCGACGCAGAGUCAAGUUACGCAGAAGAAAUUGAUGAUCCACCACGGCUUAAUGAGAACCAAAAUCAGAGAGAUAGUCGCGGAUGCGACAGUCCUGCAGCACUGCCAACACCUGAACCAAACCACCAAGAAAUUACCUGUCAAAGUAUCCUAGUAACUUCGUUACAAGAAGAAAUAGUUGCUUUGAAGGCUGAAGUAGCUAAUUUACAAAGCCAAUUAUUACUUUUUAAAAAUAGCGGACAAAUUACGAGCAGCGAUUCACCUCGAAGAGAUCACAAAAAGGGUAAUCUAAGUUCUCCAGAGCCAUUAACAGCACCAUGUUCACCAUUAUUACCUCCUUUGCAACCACCAAGUUCAAAAAAUACUCCACGGGACGAGAUGCCAAUUUUGAAAAUGGCUGAAAGAGUGAAAUUGCGUCGAACAGAUGAAAGACAUAUAACCGGGCCUGAUAUAACUAAUUUAGGUGUAUGCUCAACUAUGAUAGCUGAGCAUUUAGUGUCAGGUUUAUUAGAGCAGUCAAACAUACAGGAGUUAAACGGCUCAGAAGAACAAUUCGAAGUUGAAACUGAGAGACUUAAAAGUCGACUUGAACAUGCACGAGCCAAUAAUGCCGUUCUUGCGUUAACUUUACACGAAAGUAAAGCUCAGUGCGACAGAUUAAGCUUGUUAGUUGGAAAGUACGAGUCCAAUGCUACUGCUCUUAACUUAGCCUUGUCGUUCAGUGAUCGAACAAUUGAAGCUUAUGAUGUUUUAGUAGCAUUACUAGAAACUGAAAUGGCGUUUUCAACCGACAGAAACAGUGUAACGAUAGACAAUAGAAGAACCGCUGAAAACGUCGCUUAUCACGUCCUCAAACGUCUGGAAAGUGAUUGUACAACGCUUGGCGCACCCUGGGAAGAUAGCAUCAUAUUAUCUGAUGAUUCUGAAGUCUUUUGGUCAAUAGAUGAGGAACAACGUUUACGUAAGCACAUAAGUAAAUUAAAAAAUGACCGAGCAAUGGUACGAUCGACAGCAGUUGAGCUGGAAACAGUUCACGUUGAACCUCUAAAUUCAAAGAACACAAUUUCACUAGCCGAAGCACGUAAGCUCGAUUUAGAGACAGCAGUCUUAAUGCAAGAAUUGAUGGCAAUGAGAGAGGAUAAAGCUGAGUUACGAGCACGGGUAUUUUUGUUGGAAAAAGAACGUUCGACUAUUGAAUUGAAAUUAAAUUCACGGGAAGCACAAAUAGCUGCUCAAAACACAGCUAUUCAACACCUUCAAGAUCAAUUAGGUGAUACUGAGGCCAUGCUGGCAGUGGCUACUGAUAAAGAUCGUAAGUAUAAUGAUAGUGAAAGUGAGGGGAUGGAAUCUGAGCUAAUUGAAGCGCUUGGACGAGAAGCAAGGCUUAAAGAAAGAUUACACGAAUUGGUCAAUACCUUAGAAAAUGUUACAAGAAAUUCUGAAUUACGACACCAACAAUCUGCUGAUCUCAUCAAUGAUUUGAAAGUUGCUAAUGAAGCACUGGUACAAUCAUUAGAAAAAUCUAAGAAGAAAUAUCAGUCACGAUUGAAGAAAUUAGAACAACAAAUGCUGAUCAUGGUCGAAAGAAAUGCCGCUCAGAUCAAACUAAGAAAUGAAAUUUGUAGUAUCUUGGUUUAUAAUGAUCUCUGUAGUAUCUUGGUUUAUAAUGAUCUCGUGAAAAUAUUAAAACAGAGAAUAUCAAUGCUAGAAGAAGAAGCUGCUAGUUUCAAAGGAAGUCUUCCUCUCCAGUCCCAAAGUUCUGGUGCCAAAUAUUCAUUUAAUUAA